UUUAGUAACAGCAGUGGUGAGAGAUGACAAGGUAAUUCCAGGCAGAAUCAUAUCUCCUUCAAAGCUGGGCGGGGACCCACUCUCUGGGUAGACAUAGUCAGAGGGAGGGGUGACAGGCAUCUCCCAUACGUCUUUAUCCAACAGGUUCACGCAAACAUUGCCACAUGCAGCGGAGCAGCAGAUGUUAUUUGCUUGGCAGUCUUGGUGGGCUUCACAAUGGCGGCUGCACAGAUACCGUUUGGGCUUCCCCUCACACUCCUUGAUCUCAGUGUGAACUGGUGCUACAAAAAGGGGGACGGUCAGCAGUGGGUGAGGAUUUGUCUUCCUGUGAACGCACAGUCUACCAUGAAGCCUUGGAUCAUCGUCCUCACUGUAUCUGCCCAUGGGAUCCUGGUGUUUCUGCACGUUCUCGGAAGCCUCAAGGAUGACCUUGAAGAGAUUGACCAGUGUUGGGUACAGCCUCCGACAAGGUUUUGUGGGAAAAGGUGCACGAAGGUGCGGAAGUGCGUGAGUCCAAAUUACACGUGCUGCUGGACUUACUGUGGAAACAUCUGCUUGAACAAUGAAGAACCUUUUGAAACACUGAUGAAAGUCUAGUUUCAACGCGAUCCACUGCUGGGUUGACUGGUCUGGGCAGAAGGCUGCCUGCUGCCCUGGAGGGACACUCGCUCCAGCUAAGGGCCUCUUUGUCCUUUCCUUGAUGUCUUCAUGCAGAGAAGUCUAAGCUUUUGCCAAAUAAAUGUAUUAUGUACCAGCA